UUAAUCCUCUCAAUACAGUAAUUCCACAUCAGAUUCAAAGCAAGUAAAACCAAAAAAUUCUAAACGUAUAUUCCAAGAAAUGGUGAAAAACCAAGCGUGAGACCGGUUUUCACAUAAACCAAAAGUUAGUUGACAGAGUUACAUAAUAUAAAGCUGUCAAAAUUAUUAUAACUAACUACAUACAUCAACUAAUAAGUAAGAACUUUAACCUUUUAGCCCCCCAAAACAAUCAAUUAAAUAUAAUUUACAGUUCAAUGAAGCCCUAUUUGCAUUACAAUUAUUUACAAAUGUUGAGUAAUAAUAACAUGAAAAGGUAGCUACUAGCUAGUGAAGUCGAACAGAGAAGGCAUGGUAGUAGUAUCACUGUAAAUGUUUUAGUACAUCCAGUGGCCACAAAAUCUUACUGGAAUAUGAUGAGUAAUUAUAUAAUUUAACAGCAUGAGCAGAGGAUUGCCACAAAAACUUAAUUUCAACUUCAAAUAGUAGAACUCCCCAAAAGAGUUGUUACUGACAAAUUUGGUACAAUUUUAUGUACCGAUUCAUCGCCAAACCCCAAUUUUUCCUCUCUCCCAAUUCAAUCCCUUUCCAACUCUCACAUACCCACAAACCAAAGAAAUUCAGUGGGUUUCGUCUGUUCUCAAUGGCUUUGGAACCGAAGGAGUUACCAGCUAACAACCCUGGUCUUACUGCUACCCCUGACCCAGCUACUAAGGGUUACUUCAUGCAGCAAACUAUGUUUAGAAUCAAAGACCCCAUAUAUAAAAUGGAUUUGAAUAGCUAGAACUAGAAGAAGUGAAGUGCCACUAACCUUCGACGGAGACACGGACGGCGACCGGCGAGACGACGGCGA